AAUUUUUUUGAUCACCUCUUCUCAUCUUGUGUGUGCACUACGACAUCAUGGCAGAUACUGUGGCAGCACCUACUGCAUCUGCUCCAGCUCAGGCUGUGCCCAAGAAAUCCAAGUCUGUUGGGAAGAAGCCGCGAACGAAACCCGUUCACCCACGUACUUCUGAGAUGGUUGUCAAUGCCAUCAAAAGUUUGAAGGAACGAGGUGGGUCGUCACUUCAGGCAAUUAAGAAGUAUAUUGCAGCAAACUACAAGGUCGAUUCUGAAAAGUUGGCGCCGUUUAUCAAAAAGUAUCUGAAAACAGCCGUAGCAUCGGGAGAGCUUGUGCAGACCAAAGGCAAAGGAGCUUCUGGUUCGUUUAAGUUAUCAUCAGGUAAGCCCGAGAAGGCUCCGACAGUAGUCACUACUGCUCGCGGCAGGAGUUCUUCAACGUCUGCACUGAAGGAAAAGAAACAGCAGCAGCAAACUACAAAGGCAAAGCCGAAAUCUCCGAAAAAAGCGCCGGUGAAGAAGACUCCUGAGAAAAAGAAGCAGGUUCCAGCGCCGAAGGCCAAGAAAUUGCCAUCUAAGGCUAAGAAAGCUACAAAAGUCCCUACCAAGAAGCCGAAAGCGCCGAGACCGAAGACUACUGCAAAAUCCAAGGCAUCGAAGAAGGCAGCUCCCAAGAGAAAAUGAAUCAUAGCAGCCUGAAAUCGAAAAAUCGGCCCUUUUCAGG